AUGUCCCCAAUAAACUUUCAAUUAUUUGCACCUACAAUAGCUGAAGCUACUUUAAUUGGAUCAUUUUCGGAAUGGAAAGAUAUUCCGAUGACAUUUGAAAAUGGUACUUUUCAUUGUUCGACAGAACUUUCUGAUGGUGAUCAUGAAUAUAAAUUUCAUAUUCGACGACAAAAUGAAGAUCAAUGGAUCGAUGUUAUUGAUCCAUAUGUUAGUAGAUAUGAGCCAACAAGAAAUACAGGUAUAAUAACUAUAAAAAAUGGAAAGAAAAUAUUAGAUGAAUAUACAUGGAAAUAUGAUGAUGUUAAAUUACCUGAUAAUAAAGAUUUAAUUAUAUAUGAAAUGUAUGUUGCGGAUUUUGCUGAUAAUGGACAAUUUUCUGGUGUUAUUGAAAAAUUAGAUUAUCUAUGUGAUUUAGGUUUUAAUGCAAUUGAAUUAUUACCAAUUCUUGAAUCAAUGGGUACGGAUCAUGAUUGGGGUUAUUCAACACGAAAUUUUUUUGCAUUAAAAACAACAUACGGUUCAACAGGAGAUUUUAAACAAUUAAUUGAUGAAUGUCAUAAACGAAAAAUUCGAGUUAUUUUCGAUGCAGUAUUUAAUCAUACAUCUACAGAUUGUCCACUUGAAAUAAUUGAUCAUAAUUAUUGGUAUUAUCAAGGAAAACAUCAUCCAGAUGAUCAAUUCUAUUGGGGCCCGGAAUUUAAUUAUGAACAUUAUGAUGAACAACAAAAUUUAAAACCAGCAUGGAAAUAUGUAACUGAUGUUGUACGUUAUUGGAUUAGUGAAUUUCAUUUAGAUGGUAUUCGUUUUGAUGCUGCUAAACAAAUGGAUAAUUAUGAUAUUCUUCGUGAAUUAGAUAAUGUUGCUCAUUCUGUACGAACUUCUCAACCAUUUUAUACAGCUGCUGAAUAUGUUCCCGAAACCCCAAAUAUUCUUAAAUCAAAUGGUGGUCCUGUUGAUGCAUGUUGGUCAAGUUCAUUUCAUGGUGUUUUAAUUAAUAAUUUAACAGAUUUAUCAAAAUUGGAACUUGAUCUUAUGAAAUAUGUUAUAGGUGCACCUGAUUUAGUUAAUUAUUUAUCAUGUCAUGAUAAUGAACGAUUUCUUUUUCUACUUGGUAAACAAGGAAAUGCAUUUGAUGAUGAUGCAUUUAUACGUAUGAGACUUGCAAUGAUUAUUCUGAUAACAUCGGUUGGUAUACCUUUUAUUGCACAAGGUGAUGAAUUUGGUGAAGCAAGAGAAUGGGGUGAUAAAGAUCAAAAUAAAAAAAAGUUUCCAAUGCAAUGGGAUUUAUUAAACAAUGAACGAAAUCGAUCUUUAGUUGAUACAUGUAAAAAACUUUUACUAUUACGAAAACAACGUGAAGAUAUGAAAGAAAAAACUGCGAAUUUUAUCUAUGAACAUCAUGAUAAUCGUGUUCUUGUCUAUGCAAGAAGUAAAGAAUUAGUUAUUAUUACACAUUUUUCUAAUGAAGAAAAAAAAGAUUAUGAAAUUAAUAAUUUUCCUCAAAAUGGAAAAUGGAUUGAUUGGUUAUCGAAUGAAGAAUAUCAAAUUGAUAAUAAUACAUUAAAAACAAAUUUAAAACCAUUUGAUGGAAAAGUUCUUGUUUUACAAAAAUAA